ACAAGAACUGAUGAUAUUUGGCCCUUUUUCUUCCACUUCCUCGUCGACGUGACACCGAACUCUCCGGUUCUUUCUGUGCGUUUGCGCCGUUUUGGCUCCGUGUGCGCCUGGACGCUGCUGCCGUUGUGCAGAUCGGAUGUAAACUCUAGUGGAUGCUGCAGUCCUGCUGGGUCUGAUCACGGAUCAUUGAGGGGGGGUGGGUCGAGACAUCGUUUGUCAAGGGGGAACCCCCCGUCAGGAUCCCCUUCAUUACGCCAUGGAUGACUCGGGGAUAAUCCGGCGCAGGAGGCUGCAGAAGGAUCUGCCCCUGCCUCGCAAGAACAGCAGCUGUCGAACAAGCAACAGGAAGAGUCUGAUUCUGACCACCACAUCUCCCACACUGCCUCGCCCACACUCUCCUCUGCCACUCCCUGGACACCUCGGAAGCAGCCCUCUGGACAGCCCACGCAACUUCUCUCCGAGCAACCCGGCACACUUCUCCUUCGCCUCCUCUAGAAGAGCUGACGGUCGGCGCUGGUCUUUAGCAUCCCUGCCUUCGUCUGGUUAUGGCACCAACACUCCAAGCUCAACAUCCUCCAGCUCGUCUCAGGAGCGGCUGCACCAGCUGCCCUUCCAGCCCACCAUGGACGAGCUCCACUUCUUAUCCAAGCACUUUGGCAGCACCGAGAGCAUCACGGACGACGACGGGGGCCGCUGCUCCCCCCACAUGCGCCCACGCUCCCGCAGCCUCAGCCCGGGCCGAUCCUCCUCCUCCUACGACAAUGAGAUUGUCAUGAUGAACCAUGUCUACAAAGAGCGCUUCCCAAAGGCCACGACUCAGAUGGAGGGGCGGCUCACCGAGUUCAUCCAGGCGUUCUCUCCUGAAAACGUCCUCCCGCUGGCCGAUGGCGUCCUCAGCUUCAUCCACCAUCAGAUCGCCGAGCUCUCCAGAGACUGUUUGGCCAAAGCUCGAGAGGGACUCAUCACAUCCGUUUACUUCUUCGAGCUGCAGGAGAACCUGGAGAAGCUUCUCCAUGAUGCUUUUGAGCGCUCGGAGAGCUCCGAGGUCGCCUUCGUCACAGAGCUGGUGAAAAAGCUUCUGAUCAUCAUCUCCAGACCGGCCCGACUCCUGGAGUGUCUGGAGUUUAACCCCGAGGAGUUCUACCAUCUGCUGGAGGCGGCCGAGGAUCACGCCAAGGAGGGUCACCUGAUGAAGACGGACAUCCCUCGUUACAUCAUCAGCCAGCUGGGGCUGACCAGAGACCCCAUCGAAGAGAUGGUCCACCUGGACAGUUACGACAGCGAGGGACCCCUAACUCCUGAAACAGACGACUCAGCAGAGGGUAAAAUCAGAGCAAUGAAACCACCUGGAGAGGCGGAUUUCCAGACCAUCAAGCUGAUCAGCAACGGAGCUUAUGGUGCUGUGUAUCUGGUGCGUCACCUGGAGACCCGUCAACGUUUUGCGAUGAAGAAGAUCAACAAGCAGAACCUGAUACUGAGGAAUCAGAUCCAGCAGGCCUUUGUGGAGAGAGACAUCCUCACCUUCGCUGAGAAUCCCUUCGUCGUCUCCAUGUUCUGCUCUUUUGAAACUCGGCGACACCUCUGCAUGGUGAUGGAGUACGUCGAAGGAGGAGACUGUGCCACUCUGCUGAAGAACAUCGGCGCCCUGCCGGUGGAAAUGGCUCGAAUGUACUUCGCAGAGACCGUCCUGGCUUUGGAGUACUUACACAACUACGGCAUCGUGCACCGUGACCUCAAACCUGACAACCUUCUGAUCACCUCCAUGGGUCACAUCAAGCUCACAGACUUUGGUCUGUCUAAGAUGGGUCUGAUGAGUCUGACCACCAACCUGUACGAGGGACACAUCGAGAAGGACACCAGAGAGUUCCUGGACAAACAGGUGUGUGGAACUCCUGAAUACAUCGCCCCAGAGGUGAUCCUCCGUCAGGGUUACGGGAAGCCGGUGGACUGGUGGGCGAUGGGGAUCAUCCUGUAUGAGUUCCUGGUGGGCUGUGUGCCGUUCUUUGGAGACACUCCAGAGGAGCUGUUUGGACAGGUGAUCACAGAUGACAUCGUUUGGCCUGAAGGAGAGGAAGCUCUUCCUGUUGAUGCUCAGAAUCUGAUCUCCUCCCUCCUGCAGACAAAUCCACUCGUUCGACUGGGCACAGGUGGUGCUUUUGAAGUGAAGCAGCACUCUUUCUUCACUGAGGUGAACUGGAACAGCCUGCUGAGACAGAAAGCAGAGUUCAUUCCCCAUCUGGAGUCAGAGGAAGACACCAGUUACUUUGACACUCGAUCGGAGCGAUAUCAUCACGUGCAUUCAUACGACGAGGACGACACGAAUGACGAUGAACCCGUGGAGAUACACCGCUUCUCCUCCUGCUCCCCUCGAUUCAGCAAGGUGUACAGCAGCAUGGAGCAUCUGUCCCAGCUGGAGCAUAAACACCCCGGGGUGACUCUCAGAGAACACAAGGUCCCGAGGGAGGACCGAGUGGCGAAGAGAGAGAGCUUAGGCAGCUUCACCCUCAGAGACAAGAGCUGGAGGACGGGAUCGCCUGAGAUGAAGCGCCUGUCCUGCUCAGAGUCCUCCUUCCUCGAGAGCGACUCCAGCCCUCCGUCUGGAGCCCGUAGACGCUUCUCCGCCCUCAUGGACACUCACCGCCUGGCCUCUCCACUAGAGGUCGACUCUGAGCUGCUUAUCCCUGGUAGGCAGCCCGCGGUGAAGGCCAGAGGGGCGUCACUGGAGGGAGCCAUGGCUGCUGUUAUGGCUCAAGGGGACCAGAAACAGACUCUUAAAGAGAGCAACGGGUUCACAGCAGGAGAUAAGCUCCUGAGACCGGCUGAUCCUCCAGGGCCUCUACAUGGCAGUGCUUCGAUCCUUGGGCUCCCUGAUCCCCAGGGGCCCCGUGGGGCGACCACAGACCUGGUCCUACGUAGAGUCCGCCACCAUCAGCUCUCAGCCGAGGGAGAGAAACGAAGCUCCCGACCAGGAACCAAAGUCAUCAAAUCUGCGUCUGCUACGGCUCUGUCCGUCAUCAUUCCUGCAGUGGAGCAGCAUGGCGCCUCCCCUCUCGCCAGUCCCAUGUCUCCUCGCUCACUGUCGUCCAAUCCGUCCUCCAGAGACUCAUCCCCCAGCAGAGACUACUCUCCGAUGGUCAACAUCGUUCACUCUCCAAUCACCAUCCACCGCUCAGGGAAGAAGUACGGCUUCACUUUGAGAGCGAUCAGAGUCUACAUGGGAGACAGCGACGUCUACAGUGUUCAUCACAUGGUCUGGCAUGUGGAGGAUGGAGGUCCAGCUCAAGAUGCUGGUCUUCGCGCCGGUGACCUCAUCACCCACGUGAACGGCGAGUCGGUUCACGGUCUGGUCCAUACAGAGGUGGUGGAGCUCAUCCUGAAGAGUGGGAACAAGGUGACGGUGACUACGACUCCGUUUGAGAACACGUCUAUAAAAGUUGGUCCGGCCAGGAAGUCCAGCUAUAAAUCCAAGAUGGCACGACGAACCAAGAGAACCGGAGCCAAGGAAGGACAAGAUAAGAAGCGUAGCUCCCUGUUCAGGAAGAUCACCAAGCAGUCGAACCUCCUCCACACCAGCCGGAGCCUCUCCUCCUUAAACCGGUCACUCUCAUCCGGAGACAGUCUUCCAGGAUCCCCCACCCACAACCUCUCUGCCCGAUCGCCCACCCAGAACUACCGCUCAGCUCUUGAAUCCCCUUACCUGGGCACUUCCUCUCAGAGCAGCUCCCCGGCCUCCAGCACCCCCAACUCCCCUGCAGCCUCCCACCACAUGAGGCCCAGCUCGCUUCACGGCCUGUCUCCAAAACUCCACCGCCAGUACCGCUCUGCGCGCUGCAAAUCGGCCGGCAACAUCCCUCUAUCCCCACUUGCUCACACGCCCUCGCCGACCACCUCCUCUCCUCCUCCUCUCAGCGGCCACACCGUCGGGAGCUCCAACACCGCGCAGAUGUUCCCUGCCAAGCUGCACUCCUCUCCUCCUGUCGCUCGCCCCCGACCUAAGAGCGCAGAACCGCCCAGGUCUCCCCUGCUGCAGCGGGUUCAGUCUGCAGAAAAGCUUGGGGCACCCAUUCUUCCCUCCUCCUCAUCUUCAUCGUCUUCGCCGUCUCCUUUAACAGGUGGGGUGUCGCUGCGUAAGCACAGCCUGGAGGUUUCACAUGGAGACUACAGGAGGGAGUCCUUCCACUGUGAGCACAGCCUGCAGAGUCUACUGGAGAUGGAAGGAGAGAACGGGCCAGCUCCCCCGUCUCCUUCAUCCUCCUCUUCCCCGUCUCCUCCUAUGGGCGGGGAGAUCGGAGGGCUGAAGCCAGCUAGAAGGAUGGGGAGGCAGGAGUCGCCGCUUAGUCGGGACACGCUGCUUACAACGAAGGAGAAGGACACCCAAACGUCACCGCCAGAGCUGAAAACAGAGAGUACGGCUACUAAACCUGAACUUAAGAACAACACUACUGAAAGUAAAACCACUGCUGAAGUCUCAAAGAGCGGCGGUGCUGCUGCAGCAGAGAAAAAGCCAAGUCCAACUGCUGCAGAGACUAAACCAAAAGCAGGAGACAAACCUCAAAAUGCAAGCAGCUUGAGUUCUGAUGCAACAACCUGCAAGAGCAAACUCAGCGAGAAAACCUCAGCUCCAAGCUCAUCGAAGAGCGGCCAACAGCAAGAAAGUAAGCAGCAGAGCGUGCAAACAGACAGCGGACCUGCACCAAAACCUCCAGAGAGCAUGGAGGAGAAAAGUAAAACCACUGCAGGAACAGAAAAGGGAAUCGUGCAGAAAGCAUCGUCUGCAGAGACGUCUAAGCAGCGCAAAAGCUCUGAGAAAGGAGGCAGUGAGAAGGCGAAAGGACCUGCACCUCCAGUCCCCACCCACGCCCAAACCCACACCACAGUCAGACCAAAAGUGGAGAAAGUAUCGAGCAGUUACCGUGCCUCCAAAGAGGAGAAACCCCACUUGGAGGUCCUGGAGGAGAACCCGGCAUCGCCCUCCUCUAACGCGGCGUCUCCUUUCUCCACAAAGUCUCGAGAGCCUCCGGGGGAUAAAGCCAGCUUCGUCACCCAGCUCACCAGCGUGGCCAAAACAGUCCUGGGGCCCAUGAAGGGGGCGUCACAGGAGGGAGCCAAAGUGAAAGACAGCUCUAAAUCAAGUGAGGAGAAGAGAGGAGGCGCUGCGGGAAAAGCAGAGGCUCCGUCUGGAAGCGGACGCCGAGGGGCUCAGGCAGCGACCUCAGCGGGCGGAAACCAGAAUGAAAAAGGGAACAGUCGCAGCUCGAAGCAUCACUGGUGAUAAAAAGAGCUUAAAACAAGUCAAACUCUCCCAUGUAAUGCCUUCUACUGUAGCAUCACACUGACAUAUCACAAUUACCAUGACUCUCAUGGAGGGAAGCUCAAACGCCUGAAGAAAAGACCAAAUAGACGAGCUGUAGACGAGGGUUGUCAGCGUGUUUGAUAGUUUUUGAUACCACCGGCUUAAAAGACAAUCACCAUUAUUAUAAAGGCUGAAAGGAUCUAAAGAUGCAGAAACUUUAAAAAUCUGCAACCAUUUUGUGAGAAAGAUCCGUCAGAGAGGAAUGGUAGCGUCAAACUCCUGCACAUCGUCUUCAUCACUGCGUGCACCGUAAUGUGAUGAUAGAAAACGUUUGUAGUUUCAGGCAAACACUACUCAAUCAUUCAGAAUAUUUUUGACAUAAUCUGCAGUUUUUCCAGAGUGUCUCUGGGCACUCAGCACUUUGGCACCAUGAGUGAAGUUACCCACACAGUUAGAGAGUCCUGCCUGGGAGAACCGACCUCAAUGUGAUGUCCUGGACUCAGUGGAGCCCUCUUCUUCAGCAUAUUCAGAAAGUAUUUUAAAAAAAACAAACCCAUAAUUUAUUUAAAAAUUCCUCAAAGUGAAACUUCAUCAUAAUGCCUGAAUAUUCACAUGAACAAUUUGAUGAUGGAACAAAUUUCCCCCAAUCUUACAAGAAAUGCUCCAAAAACACACAACCAUAUCCAUGAAAAUACUUAAAAAUUCAAGCAAAUUCACCAAAAUAUCAAAUCAAAUUUAAUUAGAUUUCCAUUAUUUUUUUAUUUCAAAGGACACAAUCAUGUUCUGAAUGAUAUUCCCAAAAAAUUACAAAUAUAUCUUUCACAUUUCCAUGAAAAGCCACCCAAAAACGUAAUGCUAAUUCACCCAAAAAUGAAAAACAAUUAGACAAAUUUCCCAUGAAAAUGCUCAAAAUUAACAAAGCUAAUUUACUCCCAUACUUACAAUGAAUCUCUCCAAAAACAAAUCAUAUUCUCAAAUUUUCAUGAAAAUAUACCAAAACGUCAAUGCUUAUACCCCAAACUUCAAAAUAAAUUUACUAAAUUAAAGGGAAAAAAACUGCCAGCCAUAUUUCCCCUAAAACUUCCAGUGAAACUUUCCAAAAACAUACAACCAUAUCCAUGAAAAUACAUAAAACUGUCAAUGCUGAUUCCCCCAAAAUUUGAUGCUUAUUCCCCGAACAUCAAAAUAAAUUUACCAAAUUUCCAUGAAAAUGCUUUUAAUUCAGAAAUCUAAUUUGCUCCCAAACUUUCCCAAAUUUUCACAAAAAUACACUCAAAAUUUCUAAGCAAAUGCUCCCAAACUUCAAAAUAAAUUUACCAAAUUAAUGGGGAAAAAACUAAAAUUCGCAGAGCAUAUUUCCCCCAUAUUUCCAGUUAAACUUUCCAAAAACAUACAACCAUAUCCUUGAAAAUUCUUAAAAAUUUCCAACCAAACUCUCUAAAACAUCCACUCAAAUUCCAUAAAAUUUCCAUGAUUUUUUUUCAAAGGACACAUCCCAUGUUGUCAAAAAAAUUACAAAUAUAUUUCCUAAUUUUUUCAUGAAAAAUCCCCCAAAAUUUUAUUCUAAUUUCACCAAAAAAUUAAAAAAGGAAUAUACCAUUUUCCCAUAAAAAUGCUCAAAACUUACAAAUCUAAUUUACCCCAACACUUAUAAUGAAACUCUCCAAAAAGAUACAAUCAUAGCCUCAAGUCUCAAGUCAUGAAAAUAUACUGAAAUGUCAAAGCUUAUACCCCCAAACUUCAACAUAAUUUACCAAA